CCCUUCAGCUGCUUUGUCCGUCUCUCCGCUCACCAUCACAGUUCCAGUACUACCUGCCGCGUUCUGUAGCCCUGGCCGAUGGGGUACUCUGCGGCAGCUGGCUGUGCAGAAUUUAGCUGUUGUUUUCCCAGGUCACUGCAGUGACGGUGAUCUUCAGUGUUUGCGGGCGGUGUUUGGUGCGCUGAGGCGGUGAGGGACCGGCCUGCAGGGUGCUCCAUCCACUGCCCACUCUAUGCCAGCAGGGAAGGGCCAGGAUCCGCUCCUCAGCCAGAGCUCCUGUUUACUCUGCCUGUUUGCACAGCGACUCUGCUCCACAUGAUCUGUGUCUGGAUUGUACUGUGGCCCAAGCAACUGAUGACGUGUGUGCAAAGGUUGUGAUCAGAAGCGCGGGGCUGGAUCGGAGAAGGCAGCUGCCAUGGAGGCGCAGGCCCAAGGAGGUGAGAGAGCGCGGCUGGCCAUGGAGGGGGCGCUAACAGCACGGGACCGCGUGGGAGUGCAGGACUUUGUGCUGUUGGAGAGCUUCACCAGUGAGGCGUCCUUCAUCGAGAACCUGCGCAAACGCUUCAGGGAGAGCCUAAUCUAUACUUACAUCGGCUCGGUGCUGGUGUCGGUGAACCCGUACCGGGAUCUGGAGAUUUACAGCCGGCAGCACAUGGAACGCUACCGAGGCAUCAACUUCUACGAGGUGUCUCCUCACAUCUACGCCAUCUCUGAUAACUCGUACCGUUCGAUGCGCUCGGAGGGCAAGGACCAGUGCAUCCUGAUCUCCGGGGAGAGCGGAGCUGGGAAAACAGAAGCCUCCAAGAAGAUCCUGCAGUACUACGCAGUCACCUGUCCCAGCAGCACCCGGGUGGAGUCCGUGCGUGACCGGCUGCUCCAGUCCAACCCCGUGCUCGAGGCUUUCGGAAACGCGAAAACUCUCCGUAACGACAACUCCAGCCGGUUCGGCAAGUACAUGGACGUCCAGUUUGACUUCAGGGGAGCUCCGGUAGGGGGUCACAUCCUGAACUACCUGCUGGAGAAGUCUCGGGUUGUUCACCAGAACCACGGCGAGAGGAACUUCCACAUCUUCUACCAGGUGCUGGAGGGAGGUGACAACGAGCUGCUGCAGAGGCUGGGCUUGGAGCGUAACGCACAGAGCUACCAGUAUCUUGUCAAGGGUCACUGUGCGAAAGUGAGCUCCAUCAACGACAAGAACGAGUGGAAGACCGUGCACCGGGCCCUGUCUGUCAUCGACUUCAGCAGCAGCGACAUCGAGGAGUUGCUGAGUGUGGUGGCCAGCGUGCUACACCUGGGCAACCUGCAGUGCCUGGCAGACGAAGAUGGCAACGCAACAGUGAACGGCGAGAACCAGUUCCGCUUGUUGUCCCGGCUGCUGGGGGUGCCCGGACCAACCCUGAAAGAGGCCCUGAUCCACCGCAAGAUCACCGCGAAGGGAGAGGAGCUGAUCAGCCCCCUGAACGUUGAGCAGGCAGCGUACGCGCGCGAUGCUCUGGCCAAGGCCAUCUACGGGCGCACCUUCUCCUGGCUGGUGAACAAGAUCAACGAGUCGCUUCAUCACAAGGACUCCACUUACUCCGAGAACUACCGACCCAACAUCAUCGGACUGCUGGAUAUUUACGGGUUUGAGGUGUUCCAGAACAACAGCUUCGAGCAGUUCUGCAUCAAUUAUUGCAACGAGAAACUGCAGCAACUGUUCAUCGAGCUGACGCUGAAAUCCGAGCAGGAGGAGUACGAGUCGGAGGGAAUCGCGGUAAGGGUGGACUAACGUGCGUCAGUGGCACUGCCCCC